CCCACCCCUCCAUUACUGAACCUUAACAUGCUCUCUUCUCCUUCUCUCUCAACUUCACUCCUCCCCUGCCCUUGUCCAAAGCUCAGAGCAGCUCCACAUCCCCAUCCUGGAUCCUUAAGAACAAGAUUCCGGCAGCCCCGUGCCACCGCUGCAACCGCCUCUCGUUCUGCUUCGAAGCAAGAACAGAGAUCUGGUUACCUGAGCCCUCAGGGUACGAUGGCGUCAUGCAUGUCGCUAUACCAGGUUCUGGGGAUUCCGGUGGGGGCCAGCAACCAGGAGAUCAAGACGGCGUAUCGUCGAUUGGCGAGGGUUUGCCAUCCUGACGUGGCGGCCAUCGAUCGGAAGCACUCAUCCGCUGAUGAAUUCAUGAAAAUCCACGAUGCUUACAGCACCCUAUCGGACCCCCAGAAACGAGCCGUUUAUGACAGCAACCUCUUAUGGAGGCGACGAAGGCCGUUGACUUCCUCUCCUGCUGGGUUUUCAGGUUACCAGGGGAGGAUUUGGUAUACUGACCAGUGCUGGUAGACGAGUUUACCCGGAUCGAGUAAUUAAAGAUCUGCCGAUGAUGAAACUGAUUGCAAUUUCCUAAUAUAAGCAACAGGCACCGGAAGUUUUGCCGGAGAAAACAGAGGAGCUCUGUUUUUCUGCUUACGUGUGUGCCCUUGUGGUUGCUGGUGAAUCGGAGCUAGCCCUGGCUUCAGAGACAAUGCUAAUCCUAGUAAAAUGUUACAGCUAAAAUGCCCCCAUUUUCAUCUAUUGGUUAAAUACGAGACGAUGCAAAUAAAUCUCGUGUUGAAAUCUUGAGCCAUGUGAGGGAGAUUAAAAAAUAUAGUCAUUGUCUGAUAUACAGAAAGGAAGUUACAGCUAAAUAGAUCAACUAUUACCUGUUUUUGUAGUUACAGAAGAAAUUAAAUAUCCUAUUUUCUCUCUACUACACUUAUAUGGUUGAUUUAUUAUUAUAAUAAAUAUAUACUCAGCCU